ACAGCGCAUGCGUUACAUUUAUGUUGUUGUUUGUGGCGGUAAGAUGGCGGCGCUCGGAGACACCUCAGCUCCGGGAAUGAACGGGUUAAUACAACAAUUCACAGCAAUAACAGGAGCCACGGAGAGUGUAGGGAAACAUAUGUUGGAAGCGUGCAACAAUAAUCUGGAGAUGGCAGUGACCAUGUUCCUGGAUGGAGGUGGGAUAGCAGAGGAGCCCAGCACUAGCUCCAGUUCAGCAGCUUCAAGCAGCAGAGCUCCACCCUCAGAUGAAGUACGAGCACCCAUUCCACAGAAGCAGGACAUAUUGGUGGAGCCAGAGCCACUGUUUGGAGUGCCAAAACGAAGAAGACCUGCUCGUUCUAUAUUUGAUGGUUUCCGAGACUUCCAAACAGAAACAAUCCGCCAGGAACAGGAGCUGCGUAAUGGGGGAACAGUGGAUAAGAAACUGAGCACCCUGGCAGACCUUUUCCGUCCUCCCAUUGAGCUCAUGCACAAAGGCAGCUUUGAGACGGCAAAAGACUGUGGGCAGCUGGAGAACAAGUGGUUAAUGAUCAACAUUCAAAAUGUUCAAGACUUUGCCUGCCAGUGCCUGAACAGGGAUGUUUGGAGCAAUGACGCAGUGAAGACCAUCAUCAGGGAACACUUUAUUUUCUGGCAGGUUUAUCAUGAUAGUGAAGAGGGACAAAGAUACAUCCAGUUUUAUAAGCUGAACAAGUUCCCCUAUAUUUCCAUCCUCGACCCCCGCACAGGUCAAAAAAUGGUGGAAUGGAACCAGCUGGAUGUGACAUCAUUCCUGGAGCAGGUGACAGGUUUCCUGGCAGAGCACGGGCAGCUUGAUGGGCCUUCUUGCCACGCACCCCCCGCCAAACGAGCUCGCUCUGAAAGUCUGAUUGAUGCCAGUGAAGACAGUCAGCUGGAGGCGGCUAUUAGAGCCUCACUACAGGAGACCCACUACGUGUCCUCAAACGACCCUGAAGUUCCCGAUUCCCCUCGAUCAGAUGACGAAUCGGAUGCGGAGCCGUUCUCCGACAGCGAGGGUCCCAUCUCUGUUGAUGGCUCAGACAGUGAAACACCAGCACCCCAUGAAGAGAAAAGUUCAUCCAACAAGCACACCCCGGUCCCUUCCACUGCUGCAACACAGCAGCGUCUACAUCCCGAUAGUUCAACGUCUUCCCAGAGAAAAUCUCCGUACAAAGAAAACAACCAUAGUCACAAGAAAGAGGAGAGCAAAAAGAACCACCUGGAGCCCCCAGCUACUGGUCCUCAUCAUCUUCAACCUGCCCAAGAUUCUGGUGGGAACCACUGCUCUUCGGUGGCAGAAAAUGCUGGACCAACAAAGAGCAGCAGCACUAACACCUGUGAUGUAGACUGUCCUGAUGACAAUGGUCCCAAAGCCCGGUUGAUGCUCCGUUAUCCAGAUGGACAGAGAGAGCAAAUUUCCUUGUCUUCUAAAGCAAAACUUUUGGCGCUGGUAAGACACGUGCAGUCCAAAGGUUACCCUAAUGAACGCUUCGAACUUGUCACCAACUUUCCCAGAAGGAAGCUUGCUCACUUGGACUAUGAUAUCACACUGCAGGAGGCGGGGCUUUGUCCACAGGAGACUGUAUUUGUGCAGGAGAGGAACUAGCCUUUAUCCAGACACACUCACUUUUUGUUUUUCUGUAUUUCUCUGGUAGACCUCACUCUUUCUCCAAUGAUCGGAAACAGUGGUCCCAUAACCUUCUGGCCCCCUUUUUUUUUUUUUUUUCGCCAAGACAACUCCAAGUGAAUGGACCACUUUCUCCACCACUUAACUAGUCUGAAGGGGGACUUCUCUACUGACAGCCUAAUCACUUUGUAGUGCUCAUGCACUGGCCAGUAAGAUGUGGCAGACUCCCAAUGUUUAUUUAUUGUCAUAUUCUGUUCUGAUGCAUUUUCAGUUCGUAAUGCUCACUCAGCAGGACAGAUUAUACAUGAUAUAGCUCAUAUUCACUUAAAACAACUCAAACAAUGGAUCAUAAAUUGACAGUGAGGCACCAGGGACUUGUACAAACAGACUUUUCCUCCAAGAAAGGACUUUAAAUGUCAGAGUUUAUUUUGUAGCUCUUCUUGUUACUUCCUGUACCUGGGAACAGGUAAAGGGAGGCUCAAGCUUGUUCAUUUUGACCCAAAUUUGUUCUCCUACUCGGUCAUUGUUUCAACAUUUAUGAUCAUUUGGAAAAUAAGGACAUCGAGGAAAAAGGUCUGGAAAUUACAGCCCAAGAAAAUGUGUUGGAUGUCAGUGAAACACUUUGUGUAGGUCUAAGAGAAUUAGAACCGAUCUACACCUUUUUAUUCAAGUUUCUAUUAGAGACUAGUGGUUUGUUUUUGGAUUUCAACUUUUGAUACGGAGUAGAAUGAAAGGUCUCAUCAGGCGGACCUACACUGUACAGUGAUGGCUUCGACAGACUGGUAUUUAGCUGUAGUCAUUGUUUCUUUUCUUUUUUUUUAUAUGCUGCCAAGAAAUUAUACUGAUGUUGAAAUAUAACCACCAAAACCAA